AUCUGUUUAGCGCUAGACUUGUUUCAUGUUGUGACGAAUAAAUCAGCAUGAAUGUUGGAACAAAAAGUGUGUUCAUCUGCUUGGUACUGAUCCAAGCCUGCGUCUCCAUUGUCAUAUACAUAUUUGGAUUGCACACAGUUAAGAACAAGACAAUCUCAGACACAUACAGAUAUCGUGAAGAACGCGACUGGAAAAAGAUUUAUUACCAGGAGAUCAACGACACAAACGUAAAUCGACAUAGGUUGACGCGAGGUGACACAGAUGCGCGGUUAAGCGUAGUUCUGGAAAAUAAACUGUUAUGUAAAGGUGUUUCUCAAGUGGAUCUUCUCUUCGUUGUGCACAGUGCUGGAGGCAAUCAUGAUCGCCGCGGUGUUUUUAGGACUGUUCUUAAAGGCUCGAAUUACAAAAACUACACUAUUCAUCUGCUGUUUCUCCUUGGAUUAACGAGGUACGAUGCAAAACUCCAGGACCGUAUCAACCAAGAAUUCAACCAGUAUGGAGACAUUAUCCAAGGUCAGUUUCUGGACAGCUAUAGGAACUUGACAUAUAAAGCUGUCAUGGGAUUAAAAUGGAUCAGCCACAACUGCAGGAACGUGAAAUACGUCGUCAAAACCGACGAUGAUGUUUUCGUGGAUCUUGAUAACUUUUUCCCAUACAUAUAUCAUGAUAUACCCUUAACAAACUGUAUCCUCUGUCGGGUUUUAUAUGAACAUGACGCCGUUAAAGUCAACAGACGUGGGAAAUGGAGUGUACAGAAAUAUCAAUUCAGGCAUUACGACUAUUUCCCAGUGGACUACUGUAGUGGCUUUGCUGUUGUAAUGCCCGGAUCUGUAAUUCCAGCGUUGUAUAAGGCAACGCGUCUCGUUCCCUUCUUCUGGGUCGAUGACGUCUUCUUGUUUGGCAUGGCGCGUAGUUUCCUGGCCAAUUUGAAAAACCUCAAUCCAGAACUUUAUAAACUUAAUGGGAGAACACUUUUGAAUUGUUUCAACGAAGAUGAUAAGUGUAAAGUUGUAUUCUCUCCUGUUUAUUCAAACUUGAUAUUGCCCAUGUGGCAACGGCGACAGGAGUACCUACGUCAUCGUAGUGCUUCUUGAUGCGAUUAGGGGUGCGUUGCAAAGCGCGAAUCGCUUGCAAGCGAUGUACAGCAACUUUCAGCCGCUUGCAAGCGAAACAAUCGCUGGCUGAGGUCGCUUCGUUCUUAAACCAAAAUGGCGGCUGACUUUGACAGCGGAACAAGAAAUUCUUGCCUGGAUCAACGAGGAAAUGAAGAAAGGUAGCUAACACCCUAUCAUCCUAAGUCUGCCCCACAUCUUCAAAGUAGUCAUAAAUUACAUCUGUUUGUCGUCGAGCCUAUUCUAUUACGUUCUUCUACGUCAAGGCAACCAAGCGGUAGUUGCGCCGCUUUUUUGGAAGAGUGCGCAAACGCUUCACAAUUUUGGAGACCCCGGGAUGAGAGAAUAAUUUGCUUUCUCUAAGCGUUUCGUGACUUCGACGCGCCCUAGGUAUCGACUGAUUGUGGUGUAUGGAAUCUUCGGCAGCAAAUCUAGGCUUGCUUUUCUCUUGCAUUGACAUUUUAUAUUUGAAUGUAUAUUGUAUACGCAAUGUCUUUCAGCGAUACACAACUGCUCACAUUCACUCGCCUCAGUAUUGCUUGUUCCUUGUGGUGUACAGUUCUGAAGGAUAGCGUGAUUGCUGCGGUUGUGCCAUGAUGUUUCCGCAUUAGCACGGUGUAGUAUCGCGGCGGUACUGCCACGGUAGUUCAAUACACUGGACCACAAGCCAGAUUUACAUCUUUGAAAAAACACAUAUACAGUAUCAAAUGCGUACAAUGACCGGAUUUGCGUAGGAUUCCCGAUAUGAACUUUUAUAUGAAGCUACAACUUUAAAACUUAUGGUCAUCGUUUAUAGUUGUAUGCACAAGGAGCAUUGUCAUGAAUGAUGUGACCGUAUUUGCAGAAUAUUCCACAAAUGAAGUUGAUACCCCAGUGAAUACCUGAUCAUAGUACGUUUCAAAUGCAUUUCGUUUGAUUACCCUAGGAUGUAAAAUA